CCCGGCGGCGGAGCGCGGAGGCUGGGCGGCUGGGCUCGAGUCCUGCCGCAGUCCCUCCGCCGCCGCGAGUGAAGCGAGAGCCGGCACAGAGACCCCCCGCCACCCGCCCGCGAUCGCAGCCUGGAAACGCCACCCGCGGGCCGGGCCGCGCAGCACCCAAGGGCUGCGCCAACCCGGGGACCCAGCCUGAACUUGUGGGGUACCGCGCGCGGCUCUCCUGGGCCUGGAGCAUGUGAACAGAACUGCAGAUUUACAAUGAUACGGUGAAGUCAAAAGCUGGGAUCAAAAAGCUUUUCUCAACUCUUUGUUGGAACAACAGUGAAUUAUCUACCAACACCCAGCAUGGCUAAAAGUGCAGAGGUCAAGCUGGCAAUAUUUGGAAGAGCAGGCGUGGGCAAGUCAGCGCUUAUAGUGAGAUUUCUGACCAAACGCUUCAUCUGGGAAUACGACCCCACCCUUGAAUCAACCUACCGACACCAAGCAACUAUUGAUGAUGAAGUUGUCACUAUGGAAAUACUAGAUACUGCUGGCCAGGAAGAUACCAUUCAGAGGGAAGGACACAUGCGAUGGGGGGAAGGUUUUGUGCUGGUUUAUGACAUUACAGACCGAGGAAGUUUUGAGGAAGUGCUACCCCUUAAGAACAUCCUGGAUGAGAUAAAAAAGCCCAAGAAUGUCACUCUCAUCUUGGUUGGAAACAAGGCUGACUUGGACCACUCCAGGCAGGUUAGCACAGAAGAAGGGGAGAAGCUGGCCACUGAAUUAGCAUGUGCUUUCUAUGAGUGUUCUGCCUGCACUGGAGAAGGAAAUAUCACAGAGAUAUUCUAUGAGCUGUGCCGGGAGGUACGUCGCAGAAGGAUGGUCCAGGGCAAGACAAGGCGACGCAGUUCCACCACACAUGUCAAGCAAGCUAUUAACAAGAUGCUCACCAAAAUCAGCAGUUAGGAGCCCUGUGCUUUUGGAGGCCCUGACAAUGUGGGUCGGGUUAUCGGAAACACUCUUGUGCCAUUCCUUCUCCCACCUCCUUUUUUCCUUCCAAAAAUAAAACAAAAGCUCCACUCCUUGUCUGAAUCUAGGAAAUGUCUCUGUUUUGCAUUGUUCUCACCUUUCUGUAUGUUGACAAGUUAGUUGUUGAGUGUUUUAUUCAAUUUCAGUGCUGAGAAGUGUUCCCUUUGCUGCUUGAUAGGAUACUCUAAGGCAGUUUGAAUGCAUAAUCAUCAAGAGUCUGAAAUUGCUGGGCUUAUAAUGUCACACUAUUAUUAGAUAUCUUCACCUUGCUCAAACAGGUUAAAGUCUUUUCAGAGGCAUUUCUGACUUGUCAUUUAAAACAACAUGUGACUAUCGUCAAAAAUCUAAGGUAGUAGAAAAUACAGUUAGAACCAAGAAAUAGCCAACCUACUGGGACAGGAAAUAGAGCCCUAGUUUCCACUUGGAAGGAGGAUUUUCUGAAUUAUCUAAAGUCAUGGGGCUUUCCUUAAUCCUUUUUUGUUCUUGAAUUCAAACAUUUUCUUGCAGUGUUUUACAUUUUAGAGUUAGAGACACCCAAUUUUAUCUGCUCAAAAUCACAGAUAAAAAACAAAAGUCUAAAAAAAAAAAAGAAAGAUAGAAAAGUAAAGAGCAAAGCUUAACUAUUCUGUUGGGAAUCUAAGACCGUUGUAUACCAAGAACAGUAAGAAAAUGAUUUUAAAAAGAAAGAAAGAGACACUGAUUCAUUAGUUGGUCUUGUGUAUUCUAUUGGUAUUAUAAAUAAAUUAAUUAUCUUAGGUGAAUUCUGAAAAGAGUGAGUAAUUAUACUGUGUAUAAAAGAUUCUUAUAUUGUGAAAGUACAGUCUAAUACAAAACAUUAUGAUUCAUUUUCCCCACUUUUAACCACCCCCCUCAAUAUAUUAAGAUUUAGGCACUUUACUUUAGGGGAGAAAAUACAUAUAUUUUACAUAUAUAUAAAUGCAUAGACAUAUGUAUAAAAAUUUAUAAGAGCUGGAGGCUUUAAUUCACCAAUGCAUUUGGACAACUUGGUGUGAUUAUUUUAUGUGAAUAUAAUAAAAGGCAUAAUUUUCACAUUC